AUGGCGUCGCUACACGUGUUCCUGGAUGCGUUGAGGAGUUGUGUUGUUUUCUCGUCACUUGUGUGUUGUUGAGAGUCGCCGUGUGUCGGUGGCUGUGUUCCGUGUGUAGUCGCAGCUUCCGGGUCCGUGUCACGAUGAUCGGAGGAAGAACCGCCGGUUUAUCGAGUGCUAGCUAACAGCGGAGCUAACGUGUUAGCCUAGCCGGAGAACAACAUGUGCAGACGCGUUUCCAGACACUGACAGCGACACGUGGACCACUAGUUAACCUGCUGGUUGGUUUAACUAGUUUCACUAGUUUCACUAACCAGCAGCAUGGACCAGCGGUUCCCCCAGCAGCUGUUCCCCUCCUUCUAUAACAGCGGACCUCCGGACAGUCUCCCGGAGCACUGCGCCGGGACCUGGGGCUGCUACGACCGGGUGAGAGCCGAGGGCGGAUCCGGUCCCGUCUCCAACUGGACCUUCACACCGGGACACCGGGUCCGAGGGGAAGCGUGGCGUCACACCGAGCCGGUACCGGUUCCCCUCCUGUCUCCUAAAAGAACGUUCGAGUCGCAUUCAAAGCCUCCGGAUCCACAGGACUUUAGAGAACAUAUGCAGAACUUCUUCAUGGAUCACUCUCAGGACGCCUUCGGGUGCAUGGGAGAAAUCCUGAGCGAAAACUUCAACUUUCAAAACAGAAAGACAAAGAGCGAUCAGAACUCUGUGAACAUGUGGAUGGUGAAGAAUGUUCUCAGUUCGCUGAACGUUAAAAUAUGUCACCGGACGUACCGCUCCCGGCCGCUGAGCGGGCUCGGGGCGCUGCUGUCGGACGCGGUGCAUUCGGUUCCUCCGGAGCUUCUCGGUUCUCUGCUGUACGAGGAGCUGACGGAGCAGAGAGAACGCAUGUUCUUCUCCGAAGGGGCAACAGGGGGCGCUCUGGCCUUCGUCCCCUUCUCUGAGGAGAGCAGCUCCCGGCGCGGCUGCCUCCUCUACCCAGGAGACCAGGGCCAGAACCAGCUCAACUUCCACAAUGUGGAGCUGCAGCACCACCGAGGAGGCUCCUCUGUUCUGACGCCCAGCGUAGGCGACCCGUUCCGGUUCCAUCUGAAGGCUCCGAUCCGGCAGAUCAGCUCCGCAUCGCUCUUCAACAACUGUUGUGUUGCCGUGCGGUCGGACCACCUGUGCGGCGUCUGGAGGUUCAGCGAAGGAACCGAUCCUCGUCUUCUUCAGGUCGUCAACACCGCAGAGGUCGCGACCUGCGUCAACGCCAGUCCUCAUGUUCUAGGGGAAGUCCUGGUGGCGAGUGAGAGCGGAGCGGUGAACCUGUGGGCGGUGGGCAAAGGGAUGCUGAAGGUUCGGGAGGAGGAAACCAACCUCUUCUUCAACGCCAAGUCGUCGUGGCGAUGGUGCGAGUUCUCCGCCCAUCCCAGGGUGAUGCUGUACGCAGACAGGACGGGGGUGGAGCUCACAGACAUCAGGUCGAGUCCCGCCAGAAGCCACACCCUGUUUCGCAUCAGCAACACCUCGGAGUGUCGGAGCGGAGAGAGACUCAUCCUGUCCAGGUAUCUGGGAGACGCCCACUGCUUCCACCACCUCAUCACCACUCAGUACUCGGCCUACGUCGUGGACGAGCGCUUCCCCGGCGUGCCCAUGCUCAAGUGGGAUCACAUGAUGGAGUCCGCGCCCUUGUUCUGUCACGUCCUCCCUGGCUCCGCCUCCUCCGGUUCAGUAGUGGGCGGGGAUAGAACCACCAAGGUCGUGUUGGGCUCCUACAGCUCCCAGGAAAUCACCAUGCUGCAGUACUCAGGCGGUCGAGUCGAGGCGUGUUGCAGUCGCGGUCCUCCUCAGGCUCUGCACAGACCCAGAGAGAGUCUGAAGCUCCUCCCCAUCCAGAUCCCUCACCGCCUGGAGACCGCCUCCAACAGGCUGUCCUCGCCCGCUGCAGGUCUGACUUGUGUCCAGAAGAAAGCAGGAGAGGAGUGUAUCUGUGUGGUUCAGCUCACCGAGGCCGGAGACGUCUUCUACCAGAUCCUGGAGCCGGAUCGUCCCGACGCUGACUCGUCUCCACCGCGACCUCGAGAGGAAGAGACACCAACUCCACCGGAGAGGAAACCAGCAGAACAUCUGUCCCAGGACUCACAGCUGGUCGUGACGGACACGUCGAGCGAUGGCGAGAUGAUCGGACCGACCCAGGCGGCGCCGAGGUUCGUGGCUGAAACACCAGAGAGGGAGCAGCUGUCUGACUCGGAGGAUUCACCGAGGGGAGGGAGCAGGCGAUGGGCGAAGCAGCUGCGGCUCAACGUGAUUGUUAACGAUGAUCCUGAUCCUGAUCCAGAUCCUGAUCCUGAUCCAGAUCCUGAUCCUGAUCCGCAUUCCGUGGGCGAGGUGGGCGGAGCAGAGACACACGCGGCUGAAGCGCUCGCCGGCUCGAUUCCGCCUGAGAAGACGCCGGACGUGAAGCUCAGCCAGGAAGUCCUGGUCACAUGGAAACGCUGGCUCCAGAAACUGAUGAAGAAGAGUUGUGGAAAGAGGCCACACCCCCAUUCGCUACUUUUCACAAACAGCACCGAGCGUCUCCUCCACCCGCCCGUGGACGGCGAGGCGGGAGAUCCUUCGGAGGAGGAGCUUGUGCAGAGCCUGAGGCGAGAUCUGAGAGCGUGCAUGUCCACGCGCUCGCUGCUGCUUCACUCCACCGUGUCCGCCUCCCUCGCCGCUCCGGACCCGGUGCCGCUGCCCGACGUGGUGGACACGGACGCCUGGGGAGACGAGCUCAGCCAGCGCCUCACGCUGUCGUGGGAGGGGGAGGAGGCGUGGCGGGCGUGGUGGGAGGACAAGCUGGGGCUGAACAAGGAGGAGAAGGUGAAGGCUCUGAGGAGGAAGAGGAGGAGGGAGAAGGCGGCGAAGCGAGCGUCCGGCCAACGCCUGGAGCUGUCGGGGAGCUUCUGCUCCUCCGUCAGCUACCAGGACCUGGGAGGCUUCUCCGACUCGUGUGGGUGGUCCUCUGCGGCGAGCCAGGGGGCGUGGUCAGACAGCGAAGGGAUGACGCCACUGUCCAAGUCCGAGCUCUGGAUGAUGCCACUCGGCCAGCCUGAGCAGCCGGGAGCCACGCCCACCUCAACCCCAGUUCCCACGCCGACCACCACACCUGCCAAACAGAAAGCAGGUGACCAGCGGACCCCCAGCAGCUCCUCCCUCCGCUCGCUGUCGCAGAAACCCGAGGUCACAGCGGCCAGUCUGAAGAGGAGCAGCCGUCCAGCAGAGGACGAUCUUUACUUCACUCCCACGGUGAGGAGCGUCCUGAAGGAGGAGAGCGGCGUGCCGUCCCCUCGGAGGACGCCGCGGGCCGAGGACUUUGUCUGGUCGGGUUUCUCCCAGUCGCUGUCCCAGGGCUCCCAGGCUCGACCGGGGCCGUCCCAGGCGUCGCAGGCGUCUCAGAAGAAGAAGAAGAAGUCACGAAUGGGAUUCUGAUGGAUUUGGAUUUUUCCUUUUGAAAUGAAAAAGACGGUUUCUGGGGGUUUGAUUUUGUUUUGGAUCUACACUGGUUUUUACUCUGGAUUAACUCUGGAUCCCUGAAGAAGACCUGAGGCUGAAGGAGGCGGAGCUUGAGGAGUGAGUGGAAUUUAUUUGAUUUCUGCUCAUGGCUUUUGUUUGCUUAGGUGAUUGUGUGUGUGAGAUAUAAUUAGUAUUUUUUUUCCUCGAUUCCGCAGCAGAACUUAUUGAUUUCACAUCAUUUCUUUAUUCUCUGACUCAAAACCCUAAAAACAGCUCCUGCUUGUGCUCUGGUAUUUUGCUUCUUCAUUCCAGCUUCAGCUCUAUUUCUGUUAUUACAUUGAAAUACUCAUUAAACUGUUUGUAUUUUAAAUUAUUUGAAAAACUCUACACAACAUUAUCUGCUUGUUUAUCUUGAAACGAUCAUGUGACUGAUCUGCUGGUUGAACGGAGGUCAGAGCUGCUGGUCGGUGUCAGACCAGUUUGGCGUCUUCGAGCUAAAGAGAAUCUGUUGUUUGUAGUUUAGGAAUUUCUACAUCCUCCAUCGUGUUAGUUUCACUCUGAGUGUUUGUUUAGUCGAAGCUGUUGGACUGAAAUCUUGAGGGUUUUUUAAUUUUGGUAAAUGAAAGGUCAUCUAGUGGCCAAAUUAUUUUUAUAAAACAUCUUUACUUUAUCUUUUCUAUACAAACAAGAACUGAAUUUCUCAAUAAAAACAAAGACAAUUAUCUGGUGGACUCUGGUUCUCAUUGGACGUCGACAGGAUCAUGUGAAAACUGUAAAAACCAGCUUCUGUAACAUUAAAUCCAUAAUUUUGAUGCUUUAUUUCUAAU